GCUGAAGGCUCAGCCUCGGUGUUUCCGGUGACUGAGUGGAUUUCUGCAGCUUCUUCAUCCUCAGCGACUAGCCGAGCUACUGUCUGCAACCAGCGUUUAUCAUCUGAGGACUAUCAUGGAAUAAACAUGGCCCACCAUAACAGAGGCUAUUUCUUUGAAGCUCUGGAUAGAUCAGAGACCAGGCGAGAUGGAGGGUACAAGCACAACUGGAGCUUUUCUCUUUCUGGUGACAGUGAAGAGGAAAGGAGACAUGAUGCGAGUGUGGUGACCAUGGAGGAGAUGGACAGGCAGCAGCCAACCUCCCCCGAGGAGAAAAAGACUCCCACUCUUAGGCACUUCACUUCCUCUGACCCUUUGAGAACGUAUGAAAACCGGCCAAAUAAUCACAUUAGGCCUGUGAACAGGCUGGCACCCAAAAAGCUCAGCGUGGACCCUCUCACAGUAGCAACGUCCUCCCCAAUGCCCAACAGAACCAACUAUUUCAUCAUCAGUCCAGCAACCUCACAAGGCAUCGUCCUACAGGGGCGACACUUUCAGCACACGCACAUGCCCUCCACAAUAAGGAAACCUGUCCAAAGAAACGACUUCUCCACCACGCAGCCAACUGUGGAAAUGGAUAGCAUUGUACUCACCUGUCCAGAAAUCCCAGCAGAGGACACCCUGAACAUCAAACGGCGCAUCCAGCAGAAGAGGAAACCCUUGGAAGGCUGCUGUAGUUUUCCCACGCAGGUCAAAGCAGCAGAGCCUCUCCGGCCGGUCUACCAGGCGGUGUGCAUGAAGUGCAACAAGCUGAUCGACGACAGAGGCAAGUGUCAUAACUGUUGCGGCCCGGCGCUGCUGGCCUGUCAGCAGGCCACGCUCUCAUCCCCGACCCCCCGACCCCCAAUCCGAUCGCAACCCUCCCCCGGACCAAACAGCCUGCCGCAGAACUUCUACAAACCGGCCACGACCAUGAGGGCGCCCCGUGGGGAGACUCUGCCCGUACGCAUCACGAGCACUAAAGGAGCCAUGCUGCCUCUGAACGGCAGGGCUCCUCUGUUAGCCGGGACCUCGAGCUGCUGCGGCGCCAGGAGCGUGCCCAAAGGGAAGAGGACGACGUCGGCCCAGCAGCUCGAGCUCAACGACCCCAUCGUCCUAUCCAGCGACGACGAGGACGAGGCCGACAACGCCAGCACGGGAAGCGUCAACAGACUAGACAGCGUUUCCCCGCGGCCCGCCGACUCAGCGCACUCUUCACCGGCGCCCUCUGGAGGCAGAGUGGAGGCGGCGGUUAAAAGCACCGCAGAGCAAGAGGAGCUGAACACAGAAUUCUUUGAAGACGUCAACAUGAAGAUCACGAUACCGCGGAGAGCACGGAUGAAAGAUCAGUUUGGAAAUCAACCCCCAGUCGAGCAGUUUUCCCCCAGAACAAAGAAGCCCAAAAUCUCGUCCGAUAAGUGUCACAGUAUCAUCCUGGAGUGUCGGAGUGUGAGAGUAGGAACUCUACGUAGGAUGGUGACGAAGCCCGUUGUUUUUUCCAUCGACCAAAUCCAGCUUGAAACUGAAGACUCGGUACGCGGCAUGACGGAGAACGUUUGCCUCCAGGCGUCGGAGCUGAUCAGCUGUGAGUGGUGCAGCGUCCGGAAACUGCCGGUGUUGUUCUUCCAGACGGCUCCGGAGGAGUGCGCCCGCCUGCGCACGCAGCUCAACAUGUCCAACGAGAAGGGAGGACAGUGGUACAACUGCUCCGGAGAACAGUCGGACGAAAAGUACAUUGUUCUGAUCUUCGAGAACGGCCUGGUGAUGAAGGAGCAGAUGAUCCUGGAGGACAUCCUGCGAGAGAUCGGCAGGACCAACAACAUCAGCAACUUUCCCGCCAAGCUGCCCUUCGAAGAGGCCAACAUCCGACUGGUCAACUAUAACAAGCUGUCCAAGCAGAAGGAGGAGAAGGUGAAGCCAGUACAAACCCCUCCCAAAAUCUCGCAAGGUUCCCCGGUUGGCAAGGUCCCUCAGGUUACCACGGUGAUGCCCGUACGCACACGAAUGUCCACUCGGCAGCAAACCAGCGCCUACUUUGAAGAGGACGACGAGGACAUGACGGACCUCCAGCCCACCUUCUCUGGACCAAUCGUCAA